AUGUCCACAAACUCGCUACAAGGAUUAGGACUAUCAUCUGACAAGCCGUUUCUACCCCGAGUUAACUCGAUGACGGCCUCUAAUUUGCCGCUCGGAGAUGAAGGUUUGACGCGGAACGCCUCCUCGCCUUCGAUAGCAUCAUCUUCAUUUUCUAAUUUCGCUAAGAAGGCCAAGGCAGGACGCUCUAAGUAUCACAAUCUGGGCCAUCCAGGACGACACAACUCUUUCAGCAGGUCGAGCAACGCGUUCGAAAUUCCGGUCUUCUUCAAGCGUUUGUUGAGGCCGCCUACGCUAGAUUUUGAGACAGCAAUGUGGGAGAUUUUUUAUUUGAUUAUACAGCCGAAGAGAGUUUACAAAUCGCUGUACUACCACAAACAGACCAAGAACAGAUGGGCCAGAGACGACCCCAGUUUUGUGCUUCUACUGACAUUUUUCAUCACAAUAAGCGCGGUAGCAUGGGGAUUGGUUUAUUCGCCUGGGGCAUUGUCGAUAUUGAAACUCAUAGGGUACAUGGUGGUGGUAGACUUCUUGGUCACGGGAAUCGUGAUCGCCUCCAUCGGAUGGGUUUUGGCCAAUUGCAUUUUCAAAAAUAGGCACUUGGUGUCUGCUAGUGGGGUUUCUGAUAUCACCUCUCCAUUUACAGACGACUCUGCUUUGGAAUGGCCCUACUGUUUCGAUGUUCAUUGCAACUCGUACCUGGUGGUGUGGCUGUGCCUAUAUCUCAUCCAGUUUAUCCUUCUGCCGCUGCUGACGUUGAGCAACUGGUUUUCCACCUUGAUUGGGAACACACUGUAUCUCUUCAGUCUCAGCUACUAUUUCGUUAUCACGUUCUACGGAUAUAACGCGUUGCCGUUCCUGAGCCGCACCGAGCUGAUCCUACUGCCGAUCCCGGUUCUGUGCGUGCUAUGGUUAGUACUCACACUGCUGGGGUUCAAUGUGGCUGCCUACUUGUCAGAUGUGUAUUUCAAUUGA